AUGGAGAACUUUAAACAUAGUUUAUAGUCGAAACUAGAGAAUAGACUUUAGUUCAUUAUAGGUUUCACACAGUUUUGUUUAAUGAAAGAAAACUAUUUCCUCUGGAUUUUAGCAAUGAUAGUAAGUGUUCUUUAAAAAGUUGCCAUAAUAAAAUUAGCUCCUUUACUUAAUAAUUUUAAAGGAGUAACUGGAUCCUAAGAUUUAGAGUUACUAUUUAAAAUGUGUGUUCCUACUAUGUAUUUACCAGAAAAUUUGGGAUAUGAUUAUUUGAUUGCAUGUUAGAGUGUAUUCAUAGUACUCUUUUCUAUUCCAGCCAUUUUAGUUGGAGUGAGUAUGUCUGAUGAAAUAACAUUUUUUAAAUAAACGAAGUUUAAGAAUAAAAGAUAAUUAAAUAUUAGUUAAAGUGACAAUUUAAGUGAUUGUAUUUAGAUUAUGCAUUAGAUUUAUAACUAAAAUUCAUAUAUAGAAGGAUUUUAACAUCGUUUAAUGUCAGAUCAAUCAAAUACAUCCUUAUAAAUAAUAAGAUUGAGAUAAAUAGCAAUAUUUUUGAAUUAUUUUCCUCAUGUUUUCUUAAUACCUAUACUAUAUUUCUUAUUACAAAUUAACUUAAUCUUAGAAAAGGCAGAUUAAACACAAUAGGUUGUUGGGUAAAUCUUGAAUGUUAUUUUGGCUUUUCAAACCUUAUUUAUUUCAAGUUUAUCAUUGGUAUGGUGUUAAGUAUCAUUUACUUUACAUGAAUCUAAUUUUAUGAGAUUAAGAUUUUCAUACCUAUAAUGGUUACAUUUAGGAUUCAGUAUAAUACCAAUAUUAAUCAGCUAUUCUUAUGUACGUGCUGGUAAUGUCAUCUAUGAGGAUGAUUUUAUUCAUAUAGUUAAUUUAGUAUUUGUUAUAUUGGCUUUUCUUAUUGAUGCUUUAGAUGCAUAUAUAACAUUACCUUAUGUACAGAAAUUUAAAUAUUCCACAAAUGUAUUUAUGAGGGCAAUAGUAAUUUGUUUGACAUUAUUCUUUAUUUGUAGAUUAAGUGACUAAUAGAUUAUAUGUUUAACUUUUAUAGUUUCUCCAUGUCUUAGUAGACUUUUUAUAGUUCUUCAAGAUAGUAGAAUUGGUAAUGUACUUACUUCAACAUUAAAGAAGGAGAAAUCUAUUCAAAUUCCAGUUAUACAAUAAUAUUAAUAACCUUAAUAAACAUUAAAUACUCAUGAAUCUGAAUAAGGUUUACGUAUUGAAAGUGAAAAUAUCAAAUAUAAGGAUUUCUAAUCAAAUAUUAUUAAAUAAUAUGAUAUGUCUUACUUCAUUCAUUUUAUUAGAGCUGUCUAAUUAAUGAAAUUGACAGAAAUUGGAGUCUUAACAAGAAAUUCUGGAGUUUAAUUAAAGAAUGAAAGAUCUAAGAUACUUAUGGUCUGUAUAAUAUUAUUGAAAACUCACACUGAAAAUUGUAAUAAUCAAUAUUGUUUUUGUCGUGGUUUAAAAGGUGAAAAGAGAAAGAUAAUAGAAAAAUAUGAAAUAGUUAAAGAAAUGAGAAUGUAUGAUGAUUUUAAAAUACUUAAUAUUCAAUUCUAUAUUGAAUUGAUUAUGAGAUAUUUAAGAGAUUACUCUAAACUAGUUUUCUAAACUGAAAUACGUAAGACACAUCCAAAUAUUAUUUAUUUGAUAUAAAUUUUAGUUUUUUUAUGCAAUUCUGAUGAAUGUUAUUAAGCAUAAUUGUAAAUACUUGAUUUGAAGCAUUUAUUAGAAAAAGGAAGUUCUUUGUAGCAAAGAUUAGCUUUUGAAUUACUGAAGAGUUAUUCAAAAUAUCAAAUUCUACAUAGAUUCAAAGAAGAUAUUACUAGAUAAUCAAUUGAAUUGACAUUAAAAUAUGAAGAUUAUAGAUACACAGAAUUAGAGAGAGAUCGUUUAUUAAAAUUAGUAUUUACAAAUUUGUAAUAUAAAAAACAGUUUCUAAUAAAAUUAAAUGAUGAAACUCAUAGUUAUGAGUCACUUGAAGAAUUAUAUUUAUAAUUAAAUUAAUAAAAUUGUAAGAUUUAAAAAGAACUAGAAUAUUUUAAUUUAUAUUCACCAGGUAGAACUUCUUUGUAUUGUUACAUGCUUUAUUGUUUAGAAGUUACAAAUAAUUAUGAUCAAUUUAUUAAAUUAUGUAAUUUAAUCAAUACAAGAGAAAGUAAAUUUUUUGAAUAUCCAUCAUUUUAUUAUAAAACUGAAGAAUAAUCAUAUAAAGUUGGUUAUAUGUCACUAAAUCUAACAUAAUCACAUAUGAAGAGAGGUGAAAUUAUUAGUUUCUCUAAGAAUUUUCCAUCUUUUGUGGGAUAUACUUAGGAAGAAUUUCGAUAAUAAGUGAAAUCAUUAGAUCAACUAUGUUAUCCAAGUCUAAUCAAAGCACAUGAUGAAAUGAUGGAAAUGUUUGUAUUAACAAAUAGACCUAUGGUUUUUAGAUAACCUUUGCCAUUCUUAACAUAAUAAUAAACUCCAGGAAUUUUGAGUUAUUUGGAAAUCUUUAUAGAUAUUAGUUUUAAUUUUUCAUCAAAUGUACUUCCAUCAUUUUGUUUUAUGAAAGAAAUCAAAUAAGGAAUUAGAUAAGAUGGAUUAAGUGGAUUUAUUUUAUUAGAUUCAAAAUAAAAUAUAGAGGGAAUUACUAAUAAUGCUUUAGAAUGUUUUGAAAUGAGUAAUCCUUCACAAUUAUUAGGUAAAUCUAUUAAUUAAUUUAUACCUAAUUUUAAUUCUUUGGAUGCUUAAUUACAACAUUAUUUGGAAGAAUAUUAAAAGGAGAAUUGUAUAAGUGGAACAUUAACAACAGCAAAUAAAUUGGUUUAACAUUUUACUGUAUCUUAAGAUUCUAUAGAAAUGAUAUUAGACAAAGAAACUAAAUUUCAAUUGGAUUUAGAAGUGUAAUUGUCUUAUUCUCUUGUAAAUAGGAUGGUUUUUAAAGUAUAUGUUUUAAAAAUCAGAUCCCCUUAUAAAUUAGGAGCUGUUUGUUCUGAUGAAUCCCCAUUAUCCAAGUCUUUAGAUGAAUAUAGUUCUGAAUUUGAAGGUAUUCAAUUAAAGGAUUAUAUCAUGCCUGGUGUAGGAGAUAAUGAGAUUCCCUAAUUUACUACUUAACCAGAUCCAAUAACUUUACGUAGUCAAAUGGUUGCUGUUGAAUAAGAAAAUUAACCAUUAAAACAAUAAGAAUUCUUAUGUAGUGAUCAUCAUGAUAUGAUAUCAAAAUAAGAUUCAAGUGAAAAAGAUUUAGAAUCACCAGAAUAACCUCAUAAAUAAAUAUAUAUUAAUAGUAUUAGUAGUAAUUCAUCUAAACAAAGUGAAAUCUAAAGGAUUUUAGUUAAAUCUCAUUUUUAUCGUAAAUUUUCUGAAAUGAAUACUAAACCUAAAUUGCUUUAUGCAUUACUUAUUAUAAAUAUCUUUUCUUUGAUAGCUAUUUUAGGAUUUGCAACUGCAAAUACAAUACUUUAUGCAAAUUGGUAAAGUAAUAUAAGAAGCAAUAUUUAUAUUUUAUAAGCCUUUACAAUGACUGCUUAUAGUAGAGCAACUAUGUAAGGAACAAUGACUUUGAUAUAAUAUAUUCAAAUGGAUUAAAAUUUAUCAGAAUAUGGGAUGUAUUAUGAUUAUAAUGCUACUUUACUUGGAUAAUUGUAGACAGUGUUGGAUAGAAAUAUUGAAAUAUUUUCAACAAAAAUGGAUGAGUAUUCAGAAAAUUCAAUAAUUAGAGAAGUAUUUUCAACAAUAGAAUUAGAACAAUUAGAUAUAUUUGAGAAUGUAGAUAAAACAGUUAAGGGUUGGACUGCUCUAUUUUAAUUAAUUUAUAUGAUAAGAUCAUUGCAUAUAUCUGAUUUUACAGAUAAUUUUUAAUUUUUUAAAUCCAUCUUAUAUUUAUUAAGAUCUUAUAGUAAAUACAAGGAUGCAUAUUCACUUUUAAAUAUUAGAUUCACUGAUGAAAUUAAUUCAAUUUUGGCAUCUUAAGAUAAUAUAAUAGAUUAUGUUACUUUUACAUUCAUUGCUUUUUAUGUUGUCUAUUUUUGUAUAGCAUUUCUCUUAUAAUCUUCAUAUAUUUAAUUAUGUAAGAAAUACAUAAGAUGUUCAGAGUAAAUUUCACAUUCUGCAAUUGCUAGCGAAUUAAUUCAUGUGAAUUAAUUAUUAUUAAUUAAUUAAGAUGUAUUUAUAAUAUAUGAUAUUAUUAUUAGCAUUUCGAUCUUUAUGAAUAUCAUUUCUCAUUAAGAGAUAAAUUCCAUUAGGAUGAAGUAGACAAAUAAAAUAAUAAUUAUUUGAGUGGAAGUUCCAGUGCUAAUAAUAAUAAUAAUAAUAAUAAUAAUAAUAAUAAUAAGAAAUUUAUCAAAGUUUAGGAAUAAUGGAAUUUAAAACGAUAACUUACAUUUAGUUUUCAUUUAAUUUCCUUUACUAUUUCAUUAAUAACUUUUUUAUUAAUAAGAAUGAGUGAUAAAUUAUAAAUUUAUGAAUUAGAAUCUAAAUUAACAAUCUAUUAAAAAUGUAUUACUUUUACAGAAAGUUUAUCAGAAGCAUGUUUAACUAAUUUCAUUUUACAAAGUAAUAAAUAUUUGGUCAAAAAUGAAUUUAUUGAUCCUGAAGAUCCAGCUUAAUUUUUUAUUUAUACAAAUGAAAGUUAUACAAUAGCAAAUAGUAUUUUAGGAGAAAUCCUUUAUUCAGAAGGAACAGUUUCUGAAGAAUUAAAGGUUCUAUUUUCAAGUAAUGUAUGUUUGGUUGUCAAUGAACCUGAAAUCUGUGUGACUGUUAAUAAUGGAGAAUUGUAAUAAGGAUUAUUAUUACCAUCUUAAGAUAUAUUUUAAAUUUUAAGAGAAAACAUAGAUUUAUAUUAAAUUUAAGGUUCUGCAACUUAAAUGCUUUAACUUAGACAUAUGUUAUCUGAAAGUUUUAUGAUAGAUGCAAUAAGUAAUUUUGUAGAUACAGUUCGAUAGACUGUAGAGUAAGGAAUCUUGGAUAGUAACAAUGUCAAAUUAACAAUUUCUAUAAUAUUUUACCUUUUCAUUAUUUCUAUAAAUAUAGCAUAGAUUUGCUUAAUGCAUUAAUAUAUCACAUAAAAAUUGUGGGGUAUAAGACAAUUUGUUUAUUUGUUACCACCUAAAGCAUUGUAUAAUGAAGAUAGUUUUUAUAAAACUCUCACCUAUUUACUGAAAAUUGACAAUUAAAUACUAUAUCUGUGA